GUGGCCUCGCUUUGCUAAGACGAACGCAGUUUAGCCAGCUAGCGAGUUAGCUUCCUGAAAAUGGCCAGCUGGGGGAAAGUUGCAGCUCUCCUGAGGGGUGUCUUGAGGAGCCCUCGAUCUCUGAAAACCUUCGCACAGUACCGUACUGUCGGUCGCGGUAUUGUGGCUUCUGUAAUUGGCACCGGGGUUGUCUGUUAUUACCGGUAUCAUGUAAACAACAGGACUCUGCCCUUCGCCGUUUAUGCUAAGGAAGAAAAAGAAGAUGCAGCUCCGCAGAUGUCUGCAAGGAAAAUCCGCUUCAUCCAAUUCGCCUCAGUCAUCCAUGAAGAGGAGCCCUACAUGACCCCCAGAGACUUCCUCUUCUCUGUGAUGCUGGAGAAAGUUGAUCGUAAGCAGCUCAUACAGCAUACAACAGGAAAGCUGCAAAAGAGAGUUUUAACCAAACAGGAUGUGAACGGUAUGCUGGUGGCUGCCUCUAAAGCUCGUGCUGGUAAUGAUCUCUUCAGAAACUUGGGAGACAACGGUUUGAUAUCCUACACAGAGUAUCUGUUCCUGCUGUCCAUCCUGACCAAGCCGCGUACUGGAUUUGAUAUAGCCUUCAAAAUGCUCGACAUUGAUGGCAACGAGCAUGUGGACAAAAAGGAGUUUUUGAAGCUCAAGAAAAUCAUGGGAAAAACUAAACUGCGAGCCCCUAUAGAUACUACAGAGAAAACCACAGAAGAAGGAGAAGGUGUGAACACAACACUACAGGCCUACUUCUUUGGGAGGAAAGGGGACAACAAGUUGCAGUAUAAGGACUUCAGCCGGUUCAUGGAGGACCUACAGGCUGAAGUCCAGGAGAUGGAGUUUCUGCAGUUUUCCAAAGGUAUGGACACCAUGCGGAGGGAAGACUUUGCAGAAUGGCUGCUACACUACACCAAUGCAGAAGACAAUGAAGUCUACUGGGAAAACAUGAGGAAGAAGAUACCUGCGGGUCAGAGUGUCACAUUUGAUGAGUUCAAAGCCUUCUGCCUGUUCACCAACAACCUGGAGGAUUUUGCCUUCUCAAUGAAAAUGGUCACAGAAGCCAACCGUCCUGUGGGCAUGGCCCAGUUCAAGCGAGCUGUGAAGAUUGCCACAGGCCACGAACUGUCCGAGAACGUGCUGGACACCGUGUUUAAGCUUUUCGACAUGGAUGGAGACAACUGCCUGAGCCACAAGGAGUUCAUUGGUGUGAUGAAUGACCGAGUACUACGGGGUCUAAAGGUGCAGCCUCAAAAUGGCAUCUCUGGCUACUGGAAGUGUGUGAAGCGGGAGACCCUGAAGGCAGCUCAGGAGGCCCUGGGAGACGGCGGGUGUCCCAUCUGAAGCACUGAUAUACACCGUGAUCAUGCUCACCACUUCUGUCUUUCCUUCAGUUGUAUGAAUGAAAUGAAUAACUGCAUGUAAAUGAAUCUAGGUUUAUACCACUAUCUUUGUAAAAGUAUGUUUACAGCUAAACACAUUUUGGUUUGAUAUUAGUUAAAGCUCUGUGGGUUUGUUUGUGGUGUUUACAAUAUUACAUAUUAUUGUUUGGUCAAGCAUUUUAUAUCAUGUAUGGCUGAUCACUAUUAAACAUUCACAUGCACUUAGGGCUGCAGUCAGCAUUUCCUGUAAAAGUGACAUAUUCAUGAAAGUGAGAAUCCUGGUUGCACUGAACAGUGUAACAGAUUAGAGGAUCCUGUCAUGAGUACACAUAUUUCUCAUUUUCUGUGCACAGUUUGACACUAGUCAGAGUGAUUUAUUCUCAUGGACACAAAUGCAAAUUUUCACCAGUCCCAAGAAGCUGGCUUGGUUUUUACAUGUACGUUUUUUUUUGCUCCUGAGCAUUAAUGUGGUUACCAGAGAUCAGUCGUGUGAGUCAAUAGUGGGUAAUAGCAUUUUACAGCUGAGUGCACACAUCUUGAAAUGAAUAUCGGGCCUCCAACUUUCAACAGUAACAGACCAGCUUCUAUUUACUUAAAUUCUGGGGUAACCAGCGGGGUGUACUGUAAAGUUAAUGGUUUAGCUAUGUUGAGCUUAAACUCAAUUUUUUUGUCACGUAAAUGGCUUUUCUACCUGGCUAAAUCAGCAUGGUGUUAUGUUUGGAGUUUCCCUUUAAAAUGGGUUGGAAGCCAAUAUUACAGCAUGUUUUAAGCACAAUAUAGAUCGUCUGCUGGAAAAAUGUUUUGUUUACGCAAAUUGUACCUUACUAAAACCACUCAAUGAAGCAUAAACUAUGCAUUCCAUUGUCAUGGGAAUGUGCACGUAUUAAUUUGGAGAUUCAGAAAACAUGUUUUUUUAUAUAUUUAUAUACCCGAGUCUAAUGUGCCAAGUCUCACUUACCCUGCUGAAAUUACAGCUAUUAAAACACAUACCAAGAAUACCUGUUUAAUCAAAGCAACUUCACUACUUUAAUGUUAAAAUGUAUCCACUUUGAAGCUCCAGAACUCCAGCUGUCACAUUAAAAACAAACAGCACCAAAGAGCACACUUGGCAAUUACAAUUAUUAGUUUAAAUGAAAAUGUUUUACCGCAUCUAUGCACUGAAUUACCAGCAGUGUUUUAGUUUACUGUCAUAUUUUUCUUUAUAGAUUUUAUUAUAUUAUUCUUUAUAGAUUUUAAACAACCAAUGUAUUAUUGGCUGAUAAUGUCUCUGUCACUCAGCGAUCAUUUUACAGGGAAGAACAAUCACGAUGCGUAAAACACACCUUUUCCAUGUGUGUGCCCACAGAGCCUGAAGCAGAAAGCACAGCCCAACAGAUAAUACCACCAUUGUGUUACCAGAAGCCUAGACGUGUUGAUUUUUAUUCGUAGUACACCCCUCAGGCUGUUCAUACUACUGCAGCCAGGACACCUAAGUGCAUGUAAAUACACAUUGUUGUUCAGUGUGUUUACAACCCUGCUAAUAGUGGUUUGUGGGAAAGAUUCUAAUUAUGCCGGGGAGCUGGUGUGGGAUUUUCCUUUUUUUCUGUCAAAAAUAUUUAUCUAAUAAAGUUUUAUAUAAAUGCA